AUGAAGUUGAUUGUGGUAGCGGCAUGCACUCGACGCUCAUUUACGAGGUAUCCUGAUGAUGACGAAGCAGCCGCGGCUGUGUUGGCGGUGUGGACAUGGUGGGUUGUCUUUGACGAGGCUGGGGCAGUCUCGAGUCCCAGGACGAUCAACAAGCCACCUAAUCGCAUGACGACCAUUGCCCGCAGCCUUGUGCCAAUGCUCGGCUUGGGCCCUGCGAUGUGGGCCACGAUGUUGCGGAGCGCCAAAACAACAAACACACAAAAAAGCACGCCCGCUUCUCCAAAGCGUCCCGGAAUUGCUGAGUAG